AGAUCAUAAGAAUUUUAUAGAUCUCUCUACCAUCUUCCUACAGUACAAAAAUAUAUACCCCCAAAGCCCAAUCAAAAGAUUCCCCAUCUCAACUUUUCUUCCCACUCUUUUUUUUCCAUCACUUUCUUCAAGAAACUUCUGCUCCUUUCGAUCUUCCCAAAGAAAAAAACAAAAAUGGAAAACAGUGAUGAAACGAAGAACAGGCAACAAGAAUUGAAACACCUAGGUUUUGUGAGAGCAGCUACAAUCAACACAAUCGUGUGGUUAACAAGUGUUUAUGGUUAUGCUAAGAUUAAUUCUGGGCCGUUGAGAUCAGCUGUUGGAACUGUUGAAACUGCUGUUACUACUGUGGUCACCCCUGUAUUCAGUAAAUUCAAGGAUGUUCCUGAUCAAGUCCUUGUUUUUCUUGAUCAAAAGGUUGAUAUGGCUAGUACCAAAUUCGAUGACCACGCCCCUCCAUUAGCCAAACAGGUGCUAACCCAAGUCCACAUUGUGAUCAAUCAAACAACCCAACUAGCCAAAGAGGUCGUUCACCAAGCCCGAGCCGGGGGCCCGUUAGCAGCUGCCCAAUACGCUGCCAACGAAUCAAAGGAGUUAGUUCUUAAUCAAUCAGUAAAAAUCUUUUCAAAAAUCGAUAAUUUCCCACUCAUCCACAUGAUAACCGAGAUGACAGUACCAACAGCAGCACAUUGGUCUGAGAAGUACAACAACUUCAUCUCAGACUUACGAGGGAAAGGGUACGAUGUUUUCAGCUAUGUUCCGUUGAUACCGAUUGAUGAGAUCACCAAGGCUUUUAAGCAGUCGGAGGGUGGACACGAAGGUGGUGGUGGUGGUGGUGCUGCUGCUGAUGAUGAUGUUGAUGAUUCCUCAGAUGGUGAAAUGGCCGAAUCACAAUGAAAUUUAGGACUAGUAUUAUGUUGUAAAACUGCUAAAUGUAUGCAAAUGUUUGUGAAAACAUGAAGAUUAGCAAUGUGUAUUUAUAUUAAAAUUAUAUCAAGCACUGUCUUCUUCUGCAAAACUUUGUUCAUGCAUACUCUGAAUGAGAAUCGAGCUUAGCUUUUACGA